UAGUCAACCUGCGACAAAUGGCCGCGGUCUCCAGGCUGAUUGCGCCCAAGUCGCUCACCGACGAGGCGGCAAACGCGAAGAGGCUCACUGACCACAGCAAGUGGGGGCGCGUGAAGAAGGCGCUGGAGUCGGGCAAGGAGAAGAAGGUCUCGCCCAAGGAGAUCGUCGACUAUUGGCAGGAGUCGAUGCCCAAGGUGUCGUCCUACAACGGCGUCGCCGCCCUCCUCGGCGACAAUGAGGCGGCAGCCAACGACGUCCCCGACUCGCCCCCUCACCGCCGGCGCGGCGGCAGCAAGAUUGAGCGCACCUCCUCCUUUGAGGACCCGGACGGCAAGCUGCCCGCGCCCCCGUCCGACCGGCCGAGGGGCUUCGAGCCCGCCGCCGCGCCGCCCGCGCCGCAACCCGAGCCCGACUCUCGCCCAGCUGCGUGGGUGACGGCUGCCUUGGCGGCGGAGUCGUGCAAGGGCGGGCAGGCCCUCCACCCGGCGGAGCAGGCGGUGGCCCAGCUGAUGCUCUCGCUCGAGGCGGAGCGCGAGCGCGCCUCCGCCCUCCAGGCAAAGGCGGCCGAGGCGCCCGAGCAGGCCAAGGCCCCCGGCCCGAUUGCAAAGGCUCUCUCCACCAUCCUCUCGCCUGGCAAGGGCAAGGAGUCGGACGACGGCGCUGCCUCGUCGCCCUCGGUCGUCUACUGAGCACACUACUGCACGCGUCGGAUCUAAAGGGGGCCGUCAACGCGAGGCUGAGCUGAGAGCUGCUCUCUACUACUGGAGCUGGACUUCGUCCCGUCAACGAGCUAAGAGGUCUCUCUGGGGAGGGGGGGGGGGGGGUGAAAUGGAUGGUUUCCCUCCCGAUGGGGGAUCGUCCGCGGGGUGAUCUGAAUGUGGCCGGAGCGCCAUACGGAUUGAGGACAGGGUCGAGAGAUCCUCUUUGCCACCCACAGGUCCCAGCCUUGAGCCUCUUUGGUUGAGGCCGCGCGGGGACGCGCCGCGGACGGCGUCGGGUGCCGUGCGUCCUGGUUUCGUGUGGAUCGUCGGGACGCGUUUUGAUUUUCGGAAUUCAAGACUCAUGAGUCAG